AUGUCGAAUCAGCAAUUACCAAACAAAAGCUUUGAUGAACUCGUUAUGGAAUACAAAGAUUAUAUCGAUGUGUUUGAUAGCCUGUUUAAGCUGAAUACACAUGAUCCAGAUUAUCUUUUAAGUUUGUAUCAGCAAAUUAAAACAGUUUUAAUAGAAAAAUAUUGUUUUUACACUGAUCCAGUACUUUCAUCUAUUGAUGAUGCUUGCGAUAAGAAUAACAAAUAUGUACGGGAGUAUUGGAAACUUUUUAAAAUGAUUUGUGAUGAAUUUCAAGUUCAUUUUACAGAUGAAGAUUUAUGGUCUGACUAUUUUACUGCAUUAAUUAGUGUCGUUUAUGGUGUCAAAUGGUAUGUUAAUGAUUUUUUUACAAAUCAAACUGAAGAAGAAUUAUUAAAUAUUCACAGAAAUUUUCCUAUUCUUGAAUACACAAUGAAUGACGACAUCAUGAAAUUUAAGGAGUAUAUAACAGAGCAUGGUUUCGAUCCGAAAGAAACAUACUUAAAAAGCUAUUAUCAUCGUUGGAAUUUACUUGAAUUCUGUGCUUAUUAUGGAUCAGUAAAUAUUUGGAAAUUUCUUUUAUCAAACUUCAAAAUUGAGAUAUCAAAGAAGUGCUUGGAACUUGCUUUCUUUUCAGGUAAUGUUGACAUAAUUAAUGACUGUACUAACGCAGGGAUUGAACCAAAUGAUACUUGCCGUGAAAAUGCAAUUGCUUCUCAUAGAAUCGAAAGCAUUGAAUACUUGAACGAGCGAUAUGGUUUUGAUGUUAAUAUAAUGUAUGUUACAUAUUAUUAUAAUCUUAGAUAUUUCUUGAAACUUCUUGAUACCGGGUUUGAUAUUGAUAUGUUGUUUAACUAUAGUCCUGUUUUUUGCAUUCCUAAUUUAUGUCAACAUCUUAUUGAUAAAAGGGCUGAUAUUCAUAAGAGUUUUGGAGAUUCUACAUUCAGAAUGAGUUCUAAAUCAAUGAAAAUGCGCUUGUUUCUCAUAGAAAAAGGUGUUGAAAUAGAUAAAAUGUGCAUCUUCCCUGCAGCAUUUAAUAAUUAUCCUGAUCAAAUAAAACUUCUUCAUAGUCAUGGUGUAGAUAUCAAUAUGAAGAAUAAAUAUGGGGAAACACCAUUACAUCUUGCAGCCAAGAAUAAUAGCUAUGAUGCAUUGAAAACUUUGAUUGAACUUGGUGCAGAUUUGAAAGUUAAAGAUAAUUUAGGAUAUACUCCAUUUGAUGUAGCAAAAUAUGAGUCAUUUGAAAUACUAAGUAAAUAUGAAAAUUAA